AUGGCCGAGCCAGCCCCCGAGGAAAAGAAGAUCUCCAAGCGCCAGGCCGAGAAGGACGCCAAAAAGGCCGCUGCAAAGGCGGCAAAGCAAAAGCACAAGGAAGCCGCUCCUGCCAAACAGCCCGCCGCAAGCACUCCCGCCGCGCCUGCCGACCCCAACGCCAACUUCAAGCAAGGCUGGCUGAAGGGUGUUUACAACGAGAAGCCCGUCCAGCAUGUCCAGACCCGCUUCCCUCCCGAGCCCAAUGGUUACCUCCACAUCGGUCACGCAAAGGCCAUCACCGUCAACUUCGGUUUCGCCAGAGCCUAUGGCGGCAAGUGCAACCUGCGUUUCGAUGACACCAACCCUGCCAAGGAGGAGGAGCGCUACUUCACCAGCAUCAAGGACAUGGUCAGCUGGCUUGGUUUUGAGCCCGCCAACAUUACCUACAGCAGCGAUAACUUCGACGAGCUGUACCGUCUGGCCGAGGAGCUGAUCAACCGCAACAAGGCCUACGUCUGUCACUGUACUGCCGAGGAGCUUCAGAAGGGAAGAGGAGGCUCUGAUCAUGGCCCACGUUCCGUCUGUAGCCACUGGAGCAGGCCUGUCGCCGAGUCUCUGCAAGAGUUCCGCGCCAUGAGAGACGGAAAGUACAAGGCUGGUCAGGCUCUCCUGCGCAUGAAGCAGUAUCUUGGUACCAAGCCUGAAGAAUACGCCAUCACCGAUGAGGACUCGCCCGAGACCAAGAAGGAGAAGGCCAAGCUGAAGACUCUGGCUGAGAACCCCUCCAUGUGGGAUGUCGCCGCCUACAGAGUCAAGGAACAAAACUACCACCACCGCACCGGCUACAAGUGGAGAAUCUAUCCUACUUACGAAUUCACCCACUGUCUGUGCGAUAGCUUCGAGGCUAUCACCCACUCCUUGUGCACCGUCGAAUUCGAGACUCUCCGUCCUGCUUACAACUGGCUCCUCGAGGCACUUGACCACAAACUCCCCGCUUCCGAAGAAAAGGGCCCUAUGCAGCGCGAGUACGGCAGACUCAACGUCGAGGGUACCAUCCUUUCCAAGCGCAGAAUUCAGAUGCUGCCUGUCGCAGGUGCUCAGACCAUUCCUCCAGUCGUCCGUGGCUGGGAUGACCCCCGUCUCUUCACUCUUGUCGCUCUCCGUCGUCGCGGUGUUCCUCCUGGCGCCUUGAAGAAGUUCGUCCUGGACCUUGGUGUCACAAAGGCCAAUGCCGACACAAAGAUGCACAUGCUGGACGCUUCCAUCCGCACUUACCUCGAGCGUACCGUCCCGCGUCUGAUCGUUGUCCUCGACCCCAUCAAGGUCGUUAUUGAUAACCUUCCCGAAGACUACCUAGAGGAGCGUGAGGUACCUUUCGAUCCUAAGGACAAAGAGAAGGGCAUGCACAGGCUUCCUUUCACCAAGACUAUCUACAUUGACCGCGAUGACUUCCGCGAGGUCGAUGAUCCAGACUUCUACCGUCUCGCCCCUGGCAAGUCUGUCGGUCUGCUAUACGUUGAGCACCCUCUGCGCUGCACAUCGUUCAAAAAGGGCGAGGAUGGCAAGGUCAACGAGAUCCGUGCCGAGUAUGGCGCCGAGGUGCCUGCUGGCAAGGCCCGCAUCCACUGGAUCGGUGAAUCGGCAGCCCACAAGUCGCCAAUCAAGGCCGAGGCUCGCAUCUUCAACUCCCUCUUCAAAAACCCUCGUCCCAACGAGCUUGACUGGAAGAAGGGUGGCUACUAUGACAACGUCAACCCCGACAGCGAGAUUGUGCACAAGAACGCCAUGAUCGAGGCUGGCUUCUUCGACAUUCAGCAGCGUGCACCAUGGCCCAAGGAGGAGGGUGAGGCCAAGGGCAACACUGGUCCCGAAGCUGUACGUUUCCAGGGCUUGCGUACCGCCUAUUUCUGUGUCGACAAGGACAGCUCGUCCGACAAGAUCGUUCUGAACCGCAUUGUCAGCUUGAAGGAGGAUACCAGCAAAAAGUAG